AUGGGCAAGACUUCACAGAGGAAGCUACGUGACAGUGAAAACCAAUCCAAGUCAAAGCCUGGAUUAAGCACUUCAAUCCCCUUGAGGAUGUCCAGUUACACAUUUAAGAGGCCAGUCACUAGAAUCACAUCCCAUCCGAGCAAUGAGGUUAGAUACCAUCAGUGGGAGGAAUCCUUGAACCAGCCCCAACAGGCCUACUGGCAGAAGAGGCUGCAAGGACUCCAGGCCUACAGCAGUGUGGGAGAACUUUUAAGUACUUUGGAUCUCACCAAAGCUUUGCAAAACCUUGAACCUAGAGGCACAGAUGCAUCUCUUUCACAGGUUCAAUCUGCCAGCAUACACUCCAGCCCCAUGUCCAUCCUUACUCCAUCUUCACAGUUGGCUGAGAUGAUUCCAGAAGCAGGUGUUGAUUUCUCACAGCUCCUCCCCAAACAAUUUCUGGUCACUGAAGAAGAUAUUAGAAGUCAGGAAAGGAAAGUGAAGGUAGCAAGAGAAAAACUUGCAAUAGCAUUGAUUUCAGAAAGGCUAGCAAGUGAGGCAGAGAAGGUGAGAGGGUCCAGGAGGACAAACUAA